CAGAGCGUCCUAACUGUAGAGCACAACCGUGCAGCUGACAACAUGCCUUCCAAACUGGUGACCGUAGUUAUGUUUGCGGCCGUCAUCUCGGCCGUACUUGCCGAGGCUGACCCCGAGCCUGAGGCAAAGGCUGAGGCUGAGCCCAGCAUUGGUGGCUACGGCUACGGCGGCCAUGGAGGCCACGGAGUCCAGUACGGCCGUACCUACGCCUACUCCACGUAUUCUCCUGGCUACGGUUACGGCUACGGUCAUGGAUUUGGUGGGCUCGGAGGUUUCGGCGGUGGCUUUGGCGGUGGCUUCGGCGGAGGCUUUGGAGGACAUGGUUUUGGUGGAUACGGUGGCCACGGUCAUUAUGGAUACGGUUAUGGAUACCCAGUGUACUAUUACGUGGCCCGCCACCACGGUUAUCACGGCCACGGUGGAUAUGGUGGUUACGGUGGCUUCGGAGGAUAUGGCUACAAGUAAUCCACCAGCCAUGCAGCGAUGCCAGAAUCCCAGCUCCGCGUUUCGGGACUUGUGAACGACCAAACGAAACUUCAAUUCUGUCAUUUCUUUAUUAUUUAAUACUUUUUACGACGAGCCUACGAACUGUACGAAAAUAAACGAACAAAAAUUG